UCUUUCCACACGAAGUCAAUAGAGCGUAUUCUGAGCCCGGUAGCGCAGCAGGUCUCGAAGUUGAUCCUGCUAUUUGAAGACGCAGGAACAGGUACAGAAAUCCCUGAUCUCAAACAACGUGUGAACGUAGUUAAACUUGCUGUCGAUAAUCUAAUUAAAGUCGGGUAUGACACGAUAGCCGCAAGCGACGAUGAGUUGCUUCGCCGCGACAUGCCCCCCUCUCUCAAGCGCGUGGAGGAUGCAUCCCAUUAUUUACAGGAGGCGGUUUUGCUGUUACAGAGUGAUUCAGGAUCAGGCGCGGCCCGAAAAAAGCUUAUAGAGGGGUCCAGAGGUAUCCUCCAGGGAACCUCCUCAGUUCUUCUCACUUUCGAUAUGUCUGAGGUUCGGAAGAUAAUAGCACAUUGCAGGACGGUUUUGAACGUAUUGGUAACAACAGACGAGGUGGAUUCACUUGCCCAGUUGGCUGAUUUCGUCAAGCGACUCACACCGUGUAUGGCGCACAUGAUCAAGGAAGUAGACAAUCGGCAAGAAGAGCUCACGAUCCAGUCACAUGCCGCAUUACUUCGUCGGGGUAUCGAGCAAUUGAAACGGCUUACGCCGAUACUCAUUUCAUCUUUAAAACUGCAUAUCAAUGCUUAUCAGAAC